AGUCAUCCAGCCUUGAAUAAAGUCCAGCUGGGGGGGGGACUACAAGAUCCAACAGGUAAAGCCAAACAAGCUGCCAAAGUGCCUCCAGUGUGCUGGCCCAUCGUCUUCCUAGCCCUGCAUCAGUGACCCAUUGCUGGGCAACUGCCCUGCAGCUCUUGUGAUAGACAUGGAUCUGCUCCACAGUUGGGGAGUGAGUCUUGCUGUCCACUUGCAGACAGAGUACAGUGCCUAUGAGAGUUGGUUUCAGGUGGUGUCUUCUGUGGCAGACCUCCAUACCACUUUCUUCAUCUUCUUCCCCAUCUGGUUCCAUCUGAAAAGGGACGUUGCCGUCAAGCUAAUCUGGGUGGCUGUGAUUGGGGACUGGUUUAACCUGGUCCUAAAAUGGGUUCUUUUUGGAGAAAGGCCUUACUGGUGGGUUCACGAGACCAAGUUUUAUGGCACUGAUGCAGCCCCAGCUCUUAGACAAGUUCCAAUCACAUGUGAGACUGGACCAGGGAGUCCUUCUGGUCAUGCAAUGGGCUCUGCUGGGGUAGGUUAUGUGAUGGUAACUGCUGCACUAUCCAUUGCUGCUGAGAGAAAAUGUCCCGUUUGGCUCUAUUGGUUAUUACAGAUAUUGCUUUGGAUGUUGUUGGGGCUGGUGGAACUGUUGGUCUGCAUGUCCCGUGUUUAUGUUGCCGCCCACUUCCCACACCAGGUUAUAAGUGGAGUUAUCUCAGGUAUAAUUGUAGCUGAGGUGUUCUCCAGACAGCAGUGGAUCUACCGUGCAAACCUACAUAGAUACUUCGACGUCACCCUGUUCCUCCUUGUUUUUGCUGUGGGCUUCUAUGUUCUCUUGAAGGUUCUGGGUGUGGAUCUUCUGUGGACUCUAGAAAAAGCUCGGAAAUGGUGCAACAAUCCCACCUGGGUCCAUAUGGACACAUCACCCUUCGCUAGCCUGCUGCGCAACAUGGGCACCCUGUUUGGUCUGGGAUUGGGACUGCAUUUGCCACAUGGCUUUGAAAGCAAGUACAGCAGAAGUGCCCCCUUCAGGAUUGGCUGUAUUGGUGUAUCACUGGUUCUCCUGCAGCUCCUGGACUCUCUGACUUUCUCCUCAAAUAACCAAGCAAUUUUCUACCUUCUUUCAUUUGCUAAGAGUACCAUUGCUCUUCUAGUUCCCACUACACUUGUUCCUGGAGGGAUAUCCUUGCUUUUAUUGGGAAAGAAAGAUGAAAAGACCUCAUAGAUUAACAUUCCAACGGUAUGACAAAAUGAUAAAUGACAACUGCUCAAUCCAAAAACCUGACCUACAAAAAAACAAUGUUUUUUCAAUGGUUCUUUAGUCACGAAAGUGGUUCUAUAUAGAACCAUCAACACUGAAAGAACACUUUGCGUGAGUCUUUGCAUAGUGAAAGUGUUCUUCAGAUUGAUGAAGAAUAUGCUAUAGGUGGUUCUAUAUAGCACCAAAGAGGGUUCUGCUAUUGUUACGAUGUCAAGCUUGCUACAAUAGAAGAACCUAUUUGGUUCUAAUGGAACCCUUUUUAAAAAGGUUCAAUAUAGAACCAUCUACAGCAAAUCCUUCAUCAAUCUAGAAAAACAUUUCACAGUGAAAAGCCCUUUAAUCAUGCAGGGGGUUCCUUCAGUGUUCAUGGUUCAACAUAGAACCAUCUUUUUCAUUAAAGAACGCUUGAAAAAGCAUCUUUUUAAAGAGUGUAUCUAUCUUUGUAUCACAGCUGCUGUUUUUUAAGUUAGUAUUCUGUAUUUGGAUUCUGUCAACAAAGACUUAAUGUUCAGUUUAUUUAGGUCUUCAUGCAUUACACUUCCACAUUUUUUUGAAUAUACCUCAGAGCCCACAUAUAUAUAUUAUGUCUCUUUAAGAUUACUUUAACCCAUGAUUUCAUCUUGCCAUUGGUAUAAACUCCAAUUAAGGUACCUCCAUCCAUAUCUUAUCUCUCUGUGGUUCUGAAUGAGAGUGGCCCAUUCACAAAAACAUGACUCUGCCAUUCAGAAAACAUGUCCAAAGGUCCUUCUAUCAGCUCCUGCACUCUGUACCACAGAGAAGACGGUGUUCCUUGCUCUGCCCAUUCAGAAUUGUACAAUGCUGAGUUACUAAUUGUUUCUGAGACCAUGAAAGUGCAUCAGUUACAGCUUCAUUCGUUGGUUUAGAUCCAGAGCUACAGAUAAUGGAAAUACUCAGGGUUACUAGAGCUUUUAUUGUCUUCACAUGUUUUUUUAAGGGUUCAAGAUGCUAGCAAUUAGAAUUUAGCAAUUUUCUUUGUUUUUUUAUUUCCUUAUAUAAAUUCAUUAUUUUUACACUGUUGGAUAGAAACUGAUUUUUAGUGCAACUGGUUUUAAUACUUUUCAGGAUUAGUUGAUUUUCAUUCAGCCCAGUACAAAUUGUGUCUAGUGAUGUGGCAUUGCAGAUUUGUAGGUCAUUUAUGCCUGCAAAUUGCUGCUGUCAGAAGAAAACCUUGUAUCUCCAUUUUUGUCGUUUUUCAGUUUUUGACAUGAUUUGAAAAUGCCUGUUGGCCUUACAUUGUGUAUAAAUACAUGCUUACAUUGUGUAUAAAUUUCAUGAUAAAUGGACUGAAGGAAACAGCCCAAAAUGACUUCCGGUUCUAUUGACUUACAUUAAAAGUAAAGUAGGUUUCUUCUUUCUCCUGUAAAGUUACCAUUUUGGAGAUAUAAGGUUUUGUUCCGACAGGCGAAAUGCAUGUGUAUGUCUGUAUACUGUAACAAUGGACUGGUUUAUCAGCCAUUAAAUUUGUACUGUAAAUUAGUAAAGGAAACUAGUACACUGUGUCAA